AUGGGCAAUCCAAUAUCUAAAGAGGUUGAUGAAGAUCCAUGCAACGUAAAACAGCGAAAGCUUUUGCGAGAAGCAGCGGAUUUAAAGAUGAAACGCGAAAUUGCGCUAGAGAACGUGAUGUGCGAAGACGAGUUGGCUAGGAAAAUCGCAUCUUCGAGAUACCUUUUCUGGUACACCGGCCUGACUAUUCCUCCAAUCACCAUUAUCGCUUUAAAAGAGUGA